UGAAGAUCACAGUGACUCCUGCCUGGGAAAGGCUGCGACCGCAAUUUCCAACCAUGAUGCGGUACGGCCUACGCUGCUUCCUACUUUUCUCCAGUGUCCAGCAAUGAUCGCCCCGUAAUUGGAAGCACGCAGGUCCAGCGUCGGAUCAAGAUGUCUCGGAGCUUUGUGAACAAUAUCAGCAAUGGAUGAUCGUGGUCCUGAUGUCCACAAUUUCUCGCCGUCUCAACAUCGCUUACCAACUGUAUCCGGUAUCGAAGCCCUCCAGAAUGCAUCGGCCAAGGCAAAGGGCAUCUCGACUCGACUGUCCAAGUUGGACUCGGCACUUCUCCCAAACGAACUGUCACUUGCUACCCCGGGUAUCCAAAGGGGAUGCGUGACCGAGGUCUUUGGCCCUCCAGGAGUCGGCAAGACCACGUUUGGACUCCAAAUCGCUGCCAAUGCCCUUCAUUCAGACCACGAGGAAUCUCAUGUGCUCUGGGUGAAUACUGGUUCGCCACUGAUUCCAGAAAGACUUCGGCAGCUCAUGGCCGGUUAUAACCCACCAAAACCCUAUAAUCUGUCUUCAUCGCCGCUCUCUGGGAAAGACAACGACUCCAUGAUCGCAGAGAAAUUCGUAUACCUCGAAGCGCACACUCUGCCGAGAGUGCUGACAUUAUUCAUGCAUCCGACCGGGACGCUGCCCUCGCCCAAAACAGGGCUAAUAGUCGUGGAUGACCUAUCAAACCUCCUACUUGGCUCUUUCUCGCGAAACCCGAACAUUCUCAAGGCCGCCGCGCCAGCUGCCGUCAAGGAGAAACUGGAGAAGCGAGCUGCUGGCCGACGCUUCCAGACCAUCGAAAGCCUCGGCGCGGCCAUGUCAAAAAUGGCAACCCUUCAAAACACGGCCAUUUUGGUGCUCUCAAAUGCCACUAUCAGCUUGAAAGGCGGCCAGAAAGCCACAUUGAAGCCCGCGCUUUCAAGUCAAGCAUGGGAUACUGCCAUCCACACCAGAAUCAUGCUGUUCCGCGACUUCCCAGACGACGACCAGGAGGCGCAGCUCUCUAAGCUCGAAACAAAAGCACUUAGGUACGCCGAAGUCCAGCGUCAGGCUCGAAAAGAGGUCUACAAAUUGCCGGUGCCGUUCGUCAUUCUGACCGAUGGGUUACGACAGCUGGACCCGCCUCAAGCGAAAGGCAACGAAGAUGUCUUUGUUGACACCAAAGCCGCUGAGCAGCCGCGCCCUCUACAAGCUGACCUCCCACUCCUUCCCGAUGAACUCUCGCAACCAUCACAGUCGAAAAAGCGCAAGGCUACCGAAAUUGCGGACAGCGAAGAUGAUGACGACGAUGAUGGUGUGCAGUCCGACCACAGCGAGCCAAAACUCCCCGCCCUCAUUGUGCGAAAUGAACAGCUCCCACUUAAGGACGAGGAGGAGGUGGAGGAGGAGGAGAUGAUUCUCGACACGCACGAGACCGCUCUUCUACGGAGUUACAGGUACGCCAGCAUUAGGGGUUCUGAGGACGCAAUACCGGUGUCUUCAUCAGAUGACGACGAGGAGGACGGUGGAGAUGAAGACGGACAUCCGUGAAACAAGGCACCAUGAAAUAGGAUCCUAUAGAGUAUACGGACAUUCAACGAUUGAAGUAGCACGGCAUUCAUUUGUGCAUGAUG